UUCCAACAUGGCGGCAAAACAACAUAAAAUUUUACAGCGAAUCAUCACAAAAAUAAAGUAACUUUUACCGCUACAUAUAGAAAUGGUAUUUCCAAUUUUCCUGUUCACCGUUCAUCAAAGAUGUCCCAAGAUUAAGCUUAAAUCCUGCUCGAAUUUCAGUUCAAAAACAGCGAGAACUCAUUAUGAAGAACUAGGUGUAGCUGAAAAUGCAACAGCUGUUGAAAUCAAGAAUGCCUUUAUAAAGAAAUCAAAAGAGGUGCAUCCUGAUAUUAACCCUCAAGAUCCAGAACUCCAUGAUGCAUUUGUUAAGAUAAGUGCUGCUUACAAUGUUCUUGGUAACAAAGAAAGUAAAAAACAGUAUGACUUGAAACUCAACACUCCAAGCAACUCUCACUCAACAAGUAAUUACUCAUAUUCGACAGGAAAUCCUUUUGGAGCCAGUAGAGGUCAUGCAUCGCACUAUACUCAUCAAAACAGUUGGCAUGAGGCCAGUAGACACCCCCAAGUCCAACGAAGGAUAAGGAAAAAUCCUUAUAACAAGUAUGUUGUGAUAGGAGCAUUGCUGUUUAUGUUCUGUGGUGCCACAGUACACUAUGUUGUCCUCAAUUACAGACAUAAGAGAUACAAAGCUCAUGUUGAAGAAGCAAGUAGAAAAGCAAACUUAGCUUACACAGAGAGCAAGGAGAGAGCAAGAUCAAAUGGUAUUCAUAAACAGCUUGAAUUAUUGAUGGCUCUUCAUUCACAUCCAGGAAGAAAUCUAACUACAAGUACAAAUGAUGACAAUGAUAAUUCUUAAUAAUUUAUAUACUUAGAAUCAAUACUACAAUAGUGUAGUAAAUUGGAAUGAGAGAUUUCUGAGGAAGUAUAAUCCACAUUUUCAACAACAAUUUUUUUUCUUUCUUUCUGGUCACUUUCUCCUUUGUAUUUUUCAUUUUUUCUUUGCUUCUUUUUUUCUUUUUCUUUUUUUUAAUAUUAUUGAUGAAGCAAAGAAUGUCAGCUGUACAUCCAUAAAUGACAUUACAACAAUCAAAUAAGUAAUUCUAUAAUAUAAAUUUUUAUCCAAACUUUAUAUUUAAUGUUAGAUUGUAAAUAUUAUGACUCAUUUUAUUACAUGUGGAAGUACCAUGCUAUGUAUAUUUUUGGUAAGUAGAUUGAACAAUACAUGUAGCUUACAUAGCAAGCAUUUCAAACAGGGAAGAAGACAUACCCUAGUUUCAUUCAAUGCAUGACGCACACUUUCCUGUCCUUCCAUGAAAUUGAAAAGCUCACUAUGACAGCUGCACAACAUUGGGUGCCUUUUCAAGUCAAAGUCACCUUGAUACAGUGUCUGCCUCAAAUUUUCAGAGUUUAAAUAAAUUUACUGCUUUUAAAAUAAA